GGCGCCUUAUCCGUCCAUUGCGCUGCAUGGCAGAGGGGCAGAUAAGUCAACCCCGGACCGUACUUUAGUUAGCUCAAGGUUGUUGUUUUUUUAAGUAUACUGUAGCAGUCUAGUUUACUCUUCCAGACAUGGCGCCCUUUGGUCUUAUGUCUGCUGGCGCUAGUUUUUUGGCCAAGUCCUUUGGUCUCUUCUCCAACGUAUCCAGUCUGGCACGGUGUGUCAGUGUGCUCCCUGCUGUAAAGACUUUCAGCUCCACUGCUGGGGCACCCCCAAAGAGGCCCCUAAACGGAUACAUGAGAUUCCUGAAACAGCAACAACCUCUCAUUGUCAAGCAGUAUCCAGAUGUGAGUGCUGUCGAUGUGGUCAGGAAGAUUGCACAGCAGUGGAGAGCACUUUCGCCGGAACAGAAACAGCCCUUUGAACAGGAGUCAGUGGUGGCCAGAGCCCAGUUCAAGGUGGAUCUGCAGACAUUCAAGGCCCAGCUAACCCCAGCGCAGACUGCUGCCCUGAAAGAGGAGAGGCGACAGCGGCUGGCCAAGAGGAAAGCCAUCCGCAGGAAGAGGGAGCUGAACAAUCUGGGCAAACCCAAGCGGCCCCGGUCUCCAUUCAAUAUCUACAUGGCAGAACACUUUGAGGAGUCCAAAGGGACCACAACAACGGGGAAGCUGAAGAUGUUACGGGAAGACUGGUACAAACUGGCCGCUUCAGAGAAACAAGUGUUCAUCCAUUUGUCCCAGGAUGAUAAGGUGCGCUACAAGAACGAGAUACAGUCCUGGGAGGAACACAUGGUAGAGAUGGGACGGGAAGACCUGAUCAGACGGAAAGAGACCCGCAAGAAAACCGCUCCGACUAAGAAGGCCCCUGUAAAAGGCCGAAAGAAAAGUACGGUUGUGAGGAGCGGCAAGGCCUGAGCAGGACUGAAAGGAAUGUAUUUUUUUUUCAAGGCGAGUCACCGACCCAAAUAAAAUUACUUUUGUAUU